UUGCUCGAUAUUGAAUUAGUUCAAAUUAUUCGAUAUUAUCAUAUUAGUAUUGUCAUAUGGACGACCAAACAUAAUCUACCAAAUCGACUACAUAUCAAACUGAGCCCAUCCAACUUAUCAUGUGAUUAAAUCUAAUCUUAUCUAUCAAAUCGACUACAUUUAAAUGAUAGGUGGUUAAUGUUCAAAGUCUGAAGUUCUGGGUUCGAGUAAACGGUUGUGCGAUUUUUAAAAUAUUUUUAUUUACUUGUGUAAUUUAUCAAAAAAAGUAAAAUAAAAUUAUUUCAUUCAAUGUUAUAAAUUUAUUUCAAUGUUGACGUUGAUUUGGUAAAAUCUUCCGCAGGACGUCUUCGGGUCCUUGUUGACUGGUUCAAGUCGUAUACGAGAAGUCUGAUGUCGGUGAGUGUGUUUAUACAUACAUAUGCAUAGACAGAGCAAUCACACCACCACCACAAAAAUGAAACGAGAUUUCUUCACAAAUUUACCUUCAGAAAUCACCAUAAACAUCCUCUCAAGACUCCCACUUGGAGGCAUCGCAAUGAGCAAGUGUGUUUGUAAGCCAUGGCUUCAUCUGCUCGCUACCGACGACUUCAUCAAAUCCCAUCUUGCUAAAUCCACCCCCGCCCUAGCUGUCUUGACUUCGUCUUCCUGCACAGUUUUCGAAUUCGAAGACCACCAAAACCUCGACCGCCACGAUCUUCACUACAAUCCACUCAUCAAAUUCGAUCUCCCUCACGCCGCAGGGAUACAGGACUCCGCCAACGGCCUGCUUUUUCUGUCCAUGUCUGAAGCUCACUACGUGUGCAAUCCGAUCACCCGUCAAUAUGCUGAGCUCCAUUACCCUAGAGAAAUAAUCCGAUCAUUUCCAAAGGUAGUCAAUUAUCCCGAGAUUCUCAGCGGGUCUCUCCACUCUUAUCCACAAUCCGUCACUUAUGGUUUCGGCGCGAGCAGAAUAACCGGCCAACACAAGGUUGUUCAAAUCUACCACGAUUCCGUCAUUGUUGACGGAGGAAUAAGAACAAUUCCAGAAUCCGAAUGUCACGUUCACACGCUCGGAACGGGGACGUGGAGGCGCGUGAAGCCCGGGGCCCUACUCGAGUACUCUCCCCGUUCCUCAUGCGUGUUCCUCAACGGCAAUCUUCACUGGGUGGCAUCGGAUUCCGACGACAGGUUGUGGAUUUCUUGCUUUGAUCUUGAAACAGAGCGUUUCAGCUCCUUUUCGACUCCUCCCCUUCAUCAAGGGAGCUUCGAGCUCAUCCCGGGGCUGUCUACUUUGGGGGGUCGCCUGUGUUUAUGUGAUCACACUAGGGAAGUUGAGACUGUUAUUUGGGCGAUGAAGGAAUAUGGGGUCGAGGAAUCCUGGACAAGGGAAUAUGUGAUCAACUUAAAUGAAGAUGAUCUUGAUAUUGAAGGCUUUGAGCUUGUUUACCCUAUUAAAGUUUUCCAAGAUGCUGACAUUUUGAUGCUGCGAGAGAACGGCCAGCUCUUCUACUACUCCACCAACACCGGAACUGCUAAAGAUAUUGGUAUCUUUGAUGUGGAUUCUUUCGUCACCGCGAUUCUUCUCACUCCGAGUUUUCUUUCACUCAAAAGUUUGGGAAUGAAGAGUGUUGUCUCGUUUUGAUUUGUUAAGAAUGCGGAUCUCCGUUGCUUUUGCAAUAGAUAUAACGUAUGUUAUGUAUUGAUUAAUGCUGCAUAUUAAGAGCGUGUAACGUAUGUUAUGUAGCAUAUUAAGAGCGUGUUUGAUAUUGGCUAAUACAUUGUAUUAGUUAAUUUAGGGGGUAUAGAUCAGUCUAGAGUUUGGUACUCCCUCCGUCCCAUGAUUCAUGGCUCAAAACUUUUCGGCACGGGUAUUUAGGAGAGUUAAAGUGGUGGUAAAAGUAGUAGGGACCGCAAGAUUAAGGUAUUUCUUUCAACUAUUUUAUUCC